UAAGAAAAGAAGUCAUCCAUCCAUCCAAUCCUACAAAAAAGACGUAAGCAAGUAUAAUAAAGAAAGAAAUCUUGCCUGAAUGUGUCAGUCUGUGGGAGAAGAAAUCUCACAAAAAACACCUCUGGAAUUCCGUCCAGACUUCGUAAGACUUCCGGUCUCUCUGCGAAACCAAUCAACAAGUGUUUCCUGCCCCAGUUUCGACAAAUUCCUCAUCUUCCAAGUAAUCAUGAAGAAACUGGAUUAUCAAAGUUAAUUUUAAUUAAACUACUUCAAAUUUCGUGGUGAAAGUUACUUGAUUUAAAAAAAAACGCCGUGGUCGCCGUCGUCGAGUAAAAAUGGGGAUCUCAAAAUUAGUAUUCGCGACGACGCUGCUGGUCACAAUAUCGUUACCAUAUUUCGUCUCAGGACAAAAUGACGGGUCUUCGUCGUCAUCGUCGUCGUCCACCGAGGAAUAUUUUGGUCUCUUGUUGGGACGAUUUAACGUUUAUCAUCACGCCAUUUCCGGCUCGCUUUAUGCCGUCAAUGCAACGACGCUGCUGAUUAAGAACUUUUACUAUGAUGGGAUGGGGAAGGAUGCCUACUUUUGGGGAGGUUCGGGGGGAAAUGGACCUGGACCGAAUGGUUUCAUCAUUCCGGAUCAGUGGGGACGAACUAACGUCCUCAAAAAAUCGGAUAAUCGCGACUUUACUCUUACUUUACCAGAGAAGAAAGUAAUCUCAGAACUGAAAUGGAUUUCAGUCUAUGAUUUGUCCCGAUUGGAGAAUUUUGGGGACGUUUAUAUCCCGGAUAAUUUUGAACCGCCAGGAAUCGUGACGCUGCCCCCGUUCACGACCCCCGCAUCCGACGAUAUUUCAGACUGUUCCUCCGAUAAUAUUGAACUAAUUGAUAUGAAGACGAUACGAAUUGGCCGACUGUCCAUAAUCUCGUAUCACAAUCAAGAAAACUACUUUGCCGUUGGAAAAGGUCUCGUUCCUUCGUUACGGAGUGGAGCAGGGUGGCGAAUCCCAGACGAAAACGGAUAUUUGGAACCGCUACGAUCCUACAACGCGGAAGAUAUCACACUUACUCUUCCCGGAGACUUAACCUUAUCUGACAGCAACGUCCAUUGGCUCGCCGUUUACGAUAAGAUGGCGGAUAAGGCGUUAUGCUACGUCAACAUUCCGUCCACAUCGGGCAAUGCUGGCGCUUAUUCGGACGGUGGUGCAGGCGGUGGGGCUAUCCCGCCCAGUUUGCGGCGUACCUUUAAAUACGACUACUCCCUCCCAAACUGCGUCCCACUCCAUAACGAUUUUCACCUCGCUUGGGACGUUGUCGGACAAACGAUCACCUUCGAAAUGGUGGCUGUUGCAAAUGACGACGACUGGCUCGGGUUCGGUUUGUCCGGUUCGGAUAACAAGACGCAAAUGAUGUCUUCCGACAUAGCGAUUGGUCACAUUAACGUGAAAACGGGACAAGGAGUCGUUCAGGAUUAUAAUGUCGAUGCAAAAGCACCCUGCACCUCGAUCCUGGAAAAGAAACGUGGCGUCUGUCUGGAUUCGGAACUUGGGCACUCUGACUCGAUCCAAGUCUUGGAGGGGAGAAGAAUUGGGCCUCUGAUCGUUAUCAAGUAUCGGAGACAACUCAAACGGGCAGAUGAAGCGGACAAAGACAUUGAUCCCGACAAGCCAAUCCCAAUAAUUUGGGCGCUUGGACGCCUCCUGGCUACCGGUCAACCCGGCUUUCAUCGCCUCUACCCUCGUAAGCAUGUCACUCGAAUCCAAUUUAUGCCAACGAGACCGAAAUCCUCAUCCCCUCAUCAAUCCUCCUCGUCCUCCUCCACCUCAUCGGAGGAAGACUCGUCGUCCUCGUCAUUCUCGGACAUGACCUGCCAACCCUUCCUCAUUCCAGACCGGACAUCAUCCUCCGCCCUCAAGCCGUGGGGCGCUGCGAAAAUUGUGGAUGGAAAACUCCGCACGUUCUCGGCCCGGUUGGGACCAUCCGCUGGACUUCGCGGGUAUGAAGGGAUGACCGGAGUGGCAAAUCCGGGCUACGCGUGGUACAUUCAGGGCUACCUCGCCCCAGAAUUGUACAUGCAGCGAGGGGUCACAUACUCCUUCAAGGUCGAAGGUGGCAAUAAUCCGCACAAUGUGGAAACUUAUCAUCCCUUCAUUAUCACGACAGAGGCCAUCGGCGGACAAAACGCUCUCUCAUCCCCACGAUCUAACUCAAUCCUAUCCGGUGUUGAAACGACGCGUCGCGGCCUCUCCCGCCCCACCGCAGCUGGCCGUCUUUGCCUCUGGUCUCACGAGGAGAAGGGUCGCAACAACUUCAAAUCCUCUGAUCGACGCCUCGACGAGAGUUACCCGACCUUCGAGAAAUUUAGAAAUAGUUUAAAACUUCGCUGUGAGAACAGCAGUGAGCCCUCGAUCGUCGAAGUGACGCCCAACUCGUCCUGGCCGGAUGUCGUUUACUACCAUUCCUUCACCCAGCCCGGGAUGGGCUGGCGGAUUCACGUGCUGGACGGUGCAAUCGUGGGGGCUGCCGUGGCGGAGGCGGAGGGGGAAAGCAACUCGGGGGAAAAAGUCGCCAGUGUCUUUUACCUCGUCACUGGAAUGGUUGUGAUGACCAUGACAUCACUGUUUUGUUGUAGAUAAUAGCUCAUCCAUCACGUCAUCGGUCGGGUUGGCUUUAUGCAAUAUAUUUAUUUAAACAUGUCCCUUCAUUACUGAUCAUUAUUAAUUACAUACAGAAAAAUGGUGAAGUUUACCGCAAGAGACUGAUUUUUUUUAAAGAAAAGUAGUUCCAAUGUUUAAACUAUGCUAUUUUAUCAAACUUUAUUACAUUACAUUUUAUUACAUUUGUUUUUGUACCGGCAGAAGCUCACACAAAUAUCGAAAGCAAUUUACUUUUAAUUUACAUAAAUACAAAAUUGCACAUAUAUGAAUGACAAUUAUUAAAUAGUGGAGAAUAAAUUGUGUCUGUAUUUAA